AUGAGGCCCUGGGAUCGGUCCUGUGUGAUUGAUGUUGCCAAACACGCCCACAGGUUUUGUAACACAGAAGACGAGGCGACUGGGUACCUCCGGAGGCCUGAAGGCAUUGAAUGGCAGUGCAAGAAGAAGUGUGCAAAGUGUGAACUGCCACUCUUCCACCAGUCCCAGCCAAAGAAUGCACCUGUGAGCUUCUUUGUGGAUGGAGCAGUAGUCAAGUUUAGCCAAGGUUUUGGGAAAACAAAUAUAUAUACUCAGAAACAAGAGCCUCCUGAGAAGGUGAUGAUGACCAAACAGACUAAAGACAUGGGCAAGUUCAGCUCUGUCACUGUGUCUACCAUUGAUGAAGAGGAAGAAGAAAUUGAGGCUAGAGAAGUUGCUGACUUGUAUGCCCAGAAAGCCAAAGUGAUUGAAAAGCAGCUGGAAUCAAAGGCAUGA